AGAAGAGUCGUUGGUUUGCGGAUAAAUUUCUGCCGCGAGUUUUUGUUUUCACUGAACUGUGAACAGUCCAUAAACUCUGUGAAGAAAAUCGUGUCGUUUUCAGGAGCUUGAUUCCCCUACAAGAAAAUGUCAGAUGAUACAGACGAAACUCAUCAGAGGUUAAAGGCAGCUGUACAUUACACAGUGGGUCGUCUGUGUCAGAAGAUCGGAGAGGACCACCGGAGGGAGUUCAGUAGACAAGUCAUAGCAGCGAUAGCAGAGACGACGUUCAGACAGUGUGAUGUAUUUGCUAAAGACCUGGAGGCUUUUGCAAGGCAUGCAAAAAGAAGCACAGUCAAUACAGAGGAUGUUAAACUUGCAGCCCGUCGCAGUACUGCUUUGUCCAUCUACAUACAAAAUAAAAGUGAAGAACUGACCCAGGAGCAGAGGGAUUUGAAAAAGAAGGGUACUGGGAAGAGGAAGAGCAGAGACACUGAGGAGGACAGCAGAGAAUAAGGACAGGACAAAGGCAAGCCUGCAGUGUCUCACUCGUGCCCAACAUUCAAACCAACAUGAAGAUUCACUAAUACAUGACAGUGAGUCAAGUGACACUCAAGUCUCUUGGUUAUGUUUCUCGAGUUAUGCAUUUCAGAGAGUCGACAGCAUGAGACUUUGUUAUACCACAGUAAACUCUCUGCAGGUUCAGAACAAAUAUCUUCCAGCUUCUACUGUCACCUGCUAAUGUAAUGUCAAACUGCAGUGCAUCUGGCACAGGUCUGACAUCUGAAAAUGCCCAUGUAUGAACUGAAAAACAUUAAAGUCUUAUUCUUUAAAGCA